CGUGCGGCGGUAGGAACCUGCGCUGUGUUCUACUGACUAUUCUCAUUCCCGCGAAAAUAAUUCUCUGCCAAAUUUCUCUCUUCUCUCAUUACCUCUCUCUCCAAUGUGAAGGUGAAGAGAUGACUGCUGGACAGCGCAAACCCUAAACUUCGCCGGAUGUCUGAUUAAAUUCUUCGAGGUUCCUUUCUCAACCACCCUUAGAUGUCAGGGGAUCCUGUGGAGACUGAAGUUCUUGAGGAUAUAAAUGGGAGCACGCAUAGGGUAAAUAAAAGUGAUCUGAUCCUUAGACCAGUUUCUCAAGAUGAAUCUGGGGAGGGAUUGCCAUAUGCUCCUGAAAAUUGGCCCAAUCCUGGUGAUAACUGGACUUGGAGAGUGGGGAAGAGAGUUGCUAUAACUGGCCAUUUUUUGGAUAGGUACCUUUAUCCUCCUCGCAAUAUUACUCUUCCUGAGAACUCAACUCGUAGAGGGCAAGGUUUUGCAAGCAAGCUUUCAGUGGAAAGAUUUAUCCAGUCUGAGUUCCCUAAUGCAGACGUUGAUGCAUUUUUUGCUUCAUUCAGCUGGAAGAUACCAGCAACAAAGUCAUCUUUCGCACAAGGGAGUCGAGCCAAACAAGUUCCAUUCCCAUUACCCUCAAAAGAGAAGACAGAAUGCUCAGCAUCUGAUUCCCAGAUUGAUCUAGAGGGUUGUAAGGCUGGAAACAAGGACUGUAGUAGUUUAUCUGCUGCAGAAAACCCAGCUUUAUUAAAAUCCAUGUCCUGUGAUAUUUGCUGCAGCGAACCUCGGUUUUGCCAUGAUUGCUGCUGUAUUCUUUGCAGCAAGAUUAUAGACACAACCAAUGGAAGUUAUAGCUACAUAAAGUGUGAAGCAAAGGUGGGUGAUGGUUAUAUUUGCGGACAUCAUGCUCAUAUAAUAUGUGGUCUUCGAUCUUAUGUGGCUGGGACAGUCGGAGGAAGCAUAGGGUUGGAUGCUGAGUAUUAUUGUCGGCGUUGCGAUGCUAGAACAGAUUUGGUAUCACAUGUUCAAGGAUUUUUGCAGUCAUGUCAAUCAACUGAUUCUCGGGAUGAUAUUGAGAAGAUCUUAAGCAUUGGUGUCUGCAUUUUGCGUGGUUCGCUGAAAAAGAGAGCAAAGGAGUUGCUAAGACAUAUUGAGUUGAUUAUUUCAAAGCUUAAAACUGGGACUUGCUUAGAAGAGAUUUGGAAGAUGGAGGAAGAAAUCUCAGCUAUUUGCACUGAUGCAGCUGAUAAUGCUGAUACUUCCAUACAAGGUUCUCACGACACUUCAGGCUCCAUUAUAAACUCAGACUGGACUGUGUCCACCCCUUUUGAUCAUUGGACCGAGUCCCUAAAACUUGAAGCUGAGAUCGAUCAGGUUCUGCAGGCACUCAAAAGAUCACAAGAGUUCGAGUACAAUUUAGCAGAAGAAAAGCUUCGAUUGCAUAAAAAUUAUCUACUAAAUCUAUUCCAGCAACUUGACAAGGAGCAAACUGAACUCAGACGUCAAACAUCAUCAACUGGACAAAAUUCUUUCCUGAAUAAUGUAAUAAAUAGAGUGGAUCAAGUAAAACGAGAAGUAAAGAAACUCAAGAGAAUGGCAAAUGUGGCCAAUGGAUUUGGAAUGACUCCAAAUGGUAUUCUCAAGGAGGAAUUCGGUUUGGAAGUUGAGUAGAGGCAAAAGUUCAUUGAACCACGUUGGUUCAUUUGAUCUUAUACAAGCUCCAAUAGUUUUUGCUGUAUACCAUAUGGCUUCACAUGAAGCAAAGUGUACAAUAUCGAAUGGCAUCUCAACUCCUCAAGUAGAGUUUACUUGCUUGGUUUGGAAAUAUGAUGCCAGCUUUAUGAAAAUGGCUGGAUUCAGCAAGCAAAUACUAAAGCUAUGCAGUAGUGGAGUUGCCAAAGAGUGUAGAGUAGAGGUUUUUGGGAGGUUGAGGGUAGGCCUUCAUAUCAAAUUUUCAACACCAUUGGUGCGUUUAUUAGCUGACGGUUUGCUUUUUGUUGGCUUUCAGUGGAGCUCAGCAAGGAACAGGCUUUGUAUCACUGCAUGCAGCUUUUGAUUUGCCCAAAAAUAUUAUUAUUAUUAUUAUUUUUUGUAAGAAAAAAGACAUAAUCCCAUUUAUUACAUAAGGAAGCUUCGUGGAAAGUGCUAUUUUCUUUA